AUGUCGGGCUCUAGGACAACUUUGCCGGUCUUCUUCGAUAGGACAACAAGCGUGGGCUCGACGGCGUUCUGGUUGAAAGAGCCACACGCGCUCGCAGCGCUAAACUCCGAAGGAGCAGAACAGGAAACGAAAGAAGCUGAGCUAGCACGUGCUGCGCAAGCCGCCCUUGAAGUCGCGCAGGCUGCGUCCCGCGAACUUCUGAGCGAUUUACACAGCGUGACAAAAUCCCUUGGCUUCUGGGAAACAAAGCUACACGACGCACCACGUGGCCUUUGGUGGUUUUUUUUUCUUCAGACCGGACCUGGGACCAAAAGUGAGCAACGGAGAAGGUUGCAAGCAUCGCCACAUCUUCGCAUUGACACCAAAGUCAGAGCGUUGUCAACGAUUCAGUUCAACUUAGCUUCCGCGGUCGGGGAAGUUCACAGGCACGCUGGCUUGGUGGCAGCUGCAUGGGGUAACAGCAACUCAGAGAGGUUCGAAGCUGGAUUUCUCCAGCGCACGUUGCACGAGUCCCUUGAAGGACUCCUGAAAACGAUGCAAACCGUUAGUCAAUCAAAAUCUUCGGUUCCAAGCAAUUCACAACACGCCACGCAACAGGACGGCCGCCUGCCGGGCAGUCAGAGUCCUUUGAGCAAGGCAGUCAACACGGAAUUCUCGAGAAAGCAACAUUUUAGUAGUAAACUCGGCGAUGGCAGACCGGCGAACCUACCGUUCUUGAAAAAUUCAAAGUCAAAUAAACAGGACGGUAUCGACGACAUAUGGCAGUUGGUACAUCUGCUAGAAUGCGAAGGAAGUAGAGCAUCUUCGAGUGCAAAAAGUAUAAUAGCAGCCAAUACAAAGCCAGGGAAAUGGAAGCGUCGCUGGAUACUGUAUUCUAUGCUCGCAUCAGCUGCUGGAGUUCUAUCAUACUACACAAUCAGAAAUAGCCGGCUUUGCGGCUCUGAUAAUCUGGAAAAGAUGAUGCAAAACAUUUUCUCCGCGAUAAGCCGCUUUUGGAACACACAUGCUGCAGUUCCAUUGAAAGAAAUUCGUGCCGAGCUUUCUCUCGCGUUUGAACAGAGCAAAGAUGUCGUCGGAAGCCAGCAGCUCGAGGUAACUUUGCAUUUUCGUCCGCAGGCAACGAAACCUGGCUACAGUGCUGCGCUUUAUCGAGCUUAUCGAGCUGUUGGAGGAGGUUCAUCUGAUGAGGGCUCAUCAGAGCCACCGGAUCCUUUCGCACUAGUCACCGCUCGUGUCGAGGAAGAGUUGAAAAGUCCGCUCCAAAACAUGCUAGGGCUUCUUCUCAUCCAAACGCAAGUCAUGAAAGUAGACAUGGAAAGCGCUCUGAUGCAAAUGGACCAAAUCAUGCGAGCAAAUAGACUGAACUUCUCUCUGAUGGCGUGCAUGCCCGCGGUGCUUGUCGGUUCGUCAUUUUUCUCCAUUGCCUCAACUUCAAUCGGUAAUGAGCGUACAAUUAAUUCUUUUUCUUCUUUUACGACAUUUUCUCAUACAUUAGGCACGCGAAAUUAUCGCACGAGGACUCAAAGUCGCGAAGAUAUGAGGAUGCUUCUCGGCGAAGCAGAGAGGGCGCUCGCAGAACUGACGUACAGCAGGAACAAGAGUUUCGCUAGUGGAAUGUUGCUCUAUGCUCUAAACACCUUGUUCCAGUCUGUUCAAAAACAUCGAAACUGUUUUUCACCUGCUGAGUGGCGAGCUGUUCGCCUGGAUAUAAUGACGAUGUCAGAUAACGAGGUUCCGGUUGAAUCGAAACUGAAUGCAGUUGCUCGACUCGCUCGAGUAAAAGCUUUUGUUCCUGAACCGCACCGAGUGCCGCAAAUUUAG